GACUGGAGGAAUUGGGUUGCACUGGGGCAAACGGGGGGCACUGGCAGCUCUGGGGGAACUGUGGGGAUUGGGGGCUGAGGAGGACUGGGAGUCACUGGGAGUUACUGGAGAGUCACUGGGGGUUACAGGUUGCUGUGGUUUGGGGUGUCUGUGUGUCUCCAGGAAUGUCCCCCAGGUGUCUUUCAUGUCCCCACAGCUGUCCUUGUGUCGCCAUGGGUCCCCCUGUGCCCCCCUCGUGUGUGUCCCUGUGUCCCUCAGGUGUCCCCAGAGAUGUUCCUGUGUCCCCUACCGGUGUGCAUGUAUCCCUGGAGAUGUCCCCAGCGGUGUCCCCCGUGUGUCUGGGUGUCCCCUAUGGGUGUCUCUCUUACCCCUCUGUGUCACCGUGGGUGUCCCCCAAGACGUCCCUGUCCCCCUGCGUCCCCCCAUGGGUGUUCCCUGUGUUUCAUGUGUGUCCCUUGUGUGUCCCACGGUGUCUCCACAUCCUCCCGGUGCCUUCUUUGCCUUGGACGUCCCCACAGCUGUCCCUAUGUCCCUUAUCGGUGCCUGUGUCUCCCCAUGGAUGUCCCCAUGGAUGUUCCUGAACAGCCCUGGUUGUUCCCAUAAAUGUCCCGCGUGCCCCCCCACGUGUGCCUGUGUCCCCCCCGUGGUUGUCCCCACGGUUGUCGCUGUGUCUCUCCACGAUGUCCGCGUUCACCUGUGGCUGCCUCUGCGUAUCCCGAUGUCCCCGUUUUCCCCCAGGACGAUGCCGAUGACCCUGGAACUGCGGCUUCUUCUGCUGGCGCUGGCGCUGCGGGGGGAGGCAGUGUCCCCCUCAGUGUCCCCCUCAGUGUCCCCCUCAGUGUCCCCUGCCGCGUCUUCCCCCGAGUCCCCCUCCGAGACGUGUGGGGCAGCCCUGGCGGAUGUGCUGAGGAGGCUGCGGGAGCUCGAGGGACACGUGCGGGCACUGAGGGGACACUGUGGGGACACGGGGGGACCCCAGGCCGGGACAGGUCGGUCGGUGCAGCUCUGUGCGCCCCCUGCCGGCGGCGGCUGCGCCUGCCCCGCCCCCUCGGCCGAGGCCCCGCCCCCGGCCCCGCCCCCCGCGUGCCCGCGCGGCUGCAGUGACCAGGGCCGGUGCGAGAGGGGGCGCUGCCGCUGCUUCCCGGGCUUCAGCGGCCCCGACUGCGCCACCCCCGCCUGCAGCCCGGGCUGGGGCGGGGCCCGCUGCGACAUCGAGGUGCCCUGGGUAACACCACGCUUGGCCUCCCGCACCCCAACAUCCCUGCGCAUCACCUGGCCCCAGCCCCUGGUUCCUCCUGAUGGCUACCGGGUGACACUUGUCCCUCUGGAUGACCCUGUGGCCAUGACAACGCAUGAACUGCCCAGCUCUGCUGUCGCCUUCUCAGUGACAGGGCUGUCCCCAGGCCACCCCUUCGAGCUGCUGGUCCAAGCCCGGCGGGGGCCGCAUCUAGGGGCACCCGGGGUCCUGCGUCUGCGCACAGCACUCAUCCCAUCUGUGCCACACUAUGAGGGGUCCCCGGCAUCGCCUCAGGGCUCCCUGGGGUCCCCAGCAGUGGCACCAUCAGCCCGAGGACCCCCAGAGUCCCCAGGAUCCCCAGGGUCACUGGGGCCCCCAGGGUCACCAGUGUCACCAAUAUCACCAGACUUGUCCUUGGGAUCACCCGGGUUUUUGGGAUCACCAGCAUCCCCCAAGGUUCCAGCAUCCCCAGUAGCUCGAGGGUCCCUGGGAUCCCCAGCACCCCCGAGAUCAUCAAUGUCACCAGAGUCCCCAGAGUCACCAGCACCAUCAGAAUUCCCAGGGUCAUCAGUGUCACAAGAUUUCUCAGUGUCACCAGCGUCCCCAGAGUCCCCAUUGUCCCCAGAGUUCCCAGAGCUUCCGGGGUCCCCAGAGUCCCCAAUGUUUCCAGGAUCCACUCCACCCCCAUGGUCCCCAGUGUCCCCAUGGCCCCCACUGUCCCCAGGCAUCCCCUCCCUGCAGGACCUGGUGGCCCGGCUGUCCACAUACAGUGGAUCCCUGCUCCAGCGUCUCGAGAGCCACCUUCGGGCCACCAACUUCCCACUCCGUGGCAACCAGACAGUGCCAGGGGUGGCCCGCGCCAUCCUGGCUUACAUCCUGCGCCGGCACCCAGCCCUUGGGAGAAGACAGGGACCCACAGGGGAGAGUGGAAACCAGGAGCCGGUGCUGGAAUGGGCGGACAUGGAUGGGAUGGAGCUGACAGAGCCAUGGAGGGACGUGGAGAAAACAGUCAAAGCCGAGCCAGAGGAGCUGCGUCCAUCCCGGCCAGUCCUGGGUGACCUCAGUGUCACCAGCAUCACCCCCAGCUCUGUGCAGCUGCAGUGGAGUGUCCCCAAGGGCUCCUUUGACUCCUUCAUGCUGCAGUAUCGGGAUGCUGAGGGCCAGCCCCAGGCCCUGCCCAUCGCUGGCGGGUCUCGCUCAGUGACGGUGCCAGGCCUGUCCCCAUCCCACCGGUACCGCUUCCACCUCUAUGGGCUGCGGGGUAAAAAGAAGAUUGACCAUGUCUCCACUGAGGCUGUGACAGGCACAGAGGAGCCAGAGGAGUUGCCCCUGCCCUCAGAGGAACAAAAACAUGAGAAACUCCAAAUUGAGACACCCCCGUCUGAUGCCCCCCCAGUGAAGGCAGUGAUGGGGGAGCUGAGGGUAUCCAGUGUCACUCCCAGCUCCAUGGAGCUGCAGUGGAGUGUCCCUGAGGGCUCCUUUGACUCCUUCAUGCUGCAGUACCGGGAUGCUGAGGGCCAGCCACAGGCCCUGCCCAUUGAUGGAGGGUCCCGAUCAGUGACGGUGCCGGGGCUGUCCCCGUCUCGCCGGUACCGCUUCCAUCUGUAUGGGCUGCAGGGUAGGAAGAAGACAGACCGUGUCUCUAUCGACAUUAUCACAGCAGCAGAAGAGCCAGAGGAACUGCCCCAGCCCACAGAGGAACCACAGGAUGAGAAUCCCCAAACUGAGGCCCCACCAUCUGAGGCCACUCCAGCACAGGCAGUACUGGAUGAGCUGAGGGUCUCCAGCGUCAGCCCCAGCUCUGUGCAGCUGCAGUGGAGCGUCCCCAAGGGCUCCUUUGACUCCUUCAUGCUGCAGUAUCGGGAUGCUGAGGGCCAGCCCCAGGCCCUGCCCAUCGCUGGCGGGUCUCGCUCGGUGACGGUGCCAGGCCUGUCCCCAUCCCGCCGGUACCGCUUCCACCUCUAUGGGCUGCGUGGAGGCAAAAGGAUUGAUCGUGUCUCCACUGACACUGUCACAGCCAGUGAAGAACCCUUGCCCUCAGAGGAGCCCAAACAGGAGAAGCCAAAAGCUGAGUCCACCACAUCUGAUGCUCUCCCAGCUCCAGCAGUGCUCAGUGAGCUGACAGUCUCCAGUGUCACACCCAGCUCUGUGCAGCUGCAGUGGAGUGUCCCCGAGGGCCCCUUUGACUCCUUCAUGCUGCAGUACCGGGAUGCUGAGGGCCAGCCCCAGGCCCUGCCCAUUCAUGGGGAAUCUCGCUCAGUGACUGUGCCGGGGCUGUCCCCAUCCCACCGGUACCGCUUCCACCUCUAUGGGCUGAGGGGAAAGAAAAAGAUUGACCACGUCUCCACCGAGGCCAUGACGGCAGCAGAAGAGCCAGAGGAACUGCCCCAGCCCACAGAGGAACCACAGGAUGAGAAUCCCCAAACUGAGGCCCCACCAUCUGAGGCCACUCCAGCACAGGCAGUACUGGAUGAGCUGAGGGUCUCCAGCGUCAGCCCCAGCUCUGUGCAGCUGCAGUGGAGUGUCCCCAAGGGCUCCUUUGACUCCUUCAUGCUGCAGUAUCGGGAUGCUGAGGGCCAGCCCCAGGCCCUGCCCAUCGCUGGCGGGUCUCGCUCGGUGACGGUGCCAGGCCUGUCCCCAUCCCGCCGGUACCGCUUCCACCUCUAUGGGCUGCGUGGAGGCAAAAGGAUUGAUCGUGUCUCCACUGACACUGUCACAGCCAGUGAAGAACCCUUGCCCUCGGAGACCAAACAGGAGAAGCCAAAAGCUGAGUCCACCACAUCUGAUGCCCUCCCAGCUCCAGCAGUGCUCAGUGACAUGACAGUCUCCAGUGUCACCCCCAGCUCUGUGCAGCUACAGUGGAGUGUCCCCGAGGGCCCCUUUGACUCCUUCAUGCUGCAGUAUCGGGAUGCUGAGGGCCAGCCCCAGGCCCUGCCCAUUCAUGGGGAAUCUCGCUCGGUGAUGGUGCCGGGGCUGUCCCCAUCCCACCGGUACCGCUUCCACCUCUAUGGGCUGAGGGGAAGGAAAAAAAUUGUCCACGUCUCCACUGAGGCCGUGACGGCUGCAGAAGAGCCAGAGGAACUGCCCCAGCCCACAGAGGAACCGCAGGAUGAGAAUCCCCAAACUGAGGCCCCACCAUCUGAGGCCACUCCAGCACAGGCAGUACUGGAUGAGCUGAGGGUCUCCAGCGUCAGCCCCAGCUCUGUGCAGCUGCAGUGGAGCGUCCCCAAGGGCUCCUUUGACUCCUUCAUGCUGCAGUAUCGGGAUGCUGAGGGCCAGCCCCAGGCCCUGCCCAUCGCUGGCGGGUCUCGCUCGGUGACGGUGCCAGGCCUGUCCCCAUCCCGCCGGUACCGCUUCCACCUCUAUGGGCUGCGUGGAGGCAAAAGGAUUGAUCGUGUCUCCACUGACACUGUCACAGCCAGUGAAGAACCCUUGCCCUCAGAGGAGCCCAAACAGGAGAAGCCAAAAGCUGAGUCCACCACAUCUGAUGCCCUCCCAGCUCCAGCAGUGCUCAGUGAGCUGACAGUCUCCAGUGUCACCCCCAGCUCUGUGCAGCUGCAGUGGAGUGUCCCCGAGGGCCCCUUUGACUCCUUCAUGCUGCAGUACCGGGAUGCCCAUGGCCAGCCCCAGGCCCUGCCCAUUCAUGGGGAAUCUCGCUCAGUGACGGUGCCGGGGCUGUCCCCAUCCCACCGGUACCGCUUCCACCUCUAUGGGCUGAGGGGAAAGAAAAAGAUUGACCACGUCUCCACGGAGGCCAUGACGGCCGCAGAAGAGCCAGAGGAACUGCCCCUGCCCACAGAGGAACCGCAGGAUGAGAAUCCCCAAACUGAGGCCCCACCAUCUGAGGCCACUCCAGCACAGGCAGUACUGGAUGAGCUGAGGGUCUCCAGCGUCGCUCCCAGCUCUGUGCAGCUGCAGUGGAGCGUCCCCAAGGGCUCCUUUGACUCCUUCAUGCUGCAGUACCGGGAUGCUGAGGGCCAGCCCCAGGCCCUGCCCAUCGCUGGCGGGUCUCGCUCGGUGACGGUGCCAGGCCUGUCCCCAUCCCGCCGGUACCGCUUCCACCUCUAUGGGCUGCGUGGAGGCAAAAGGAUUGAUCGUGUCUCCACUGACACUGUCACAGCCGCAGAGAAGCCAGAAGAACUACCCCUGCCUACAGAGGAACCACAGCAGCAUGAGAAACCCCAAACUGACGCUGCCUCUGCUGAGGCACUCCCAGCACGAGCAGUUCUGGGAGACCUGAUGGUCUCCAGUGUCACACCCAACUCUGUGCAGCUGCAGUGGAGUGUCCCCGAGGGCCCCUUUGACUCCUUCAUGCUGCAGUACCGGGAUGCUGAGGGCCAGCCCCAGGCCCUGCCCAUCGCUGGGGAAUCUCGCUCACUGACGGUGCCAGGCCUGUCCCCAUCCCACCGGUACCGCUUCCACCUCUAUGGGCUGAGGGGAAAGAAAAAGAUUGACCACGUCUCCACCGAGGCCAUGACGGCAGCAGAAGAGCCAGAGGAACUGCCCCAGCCCACAGAGGAACCGCAGGAUGAGAAUCCCCAAACUGAGGCCCCACCAUCUGAGGCCACUCCAGCACAGGCAGUACUGGAUGAGCUGAGGGUCUCCAGCGUCAGCCCCAGCUCUGUGCAGCUGCAGUGGAGCGUCCCCAAGGGCUCCUUUGACUCCUUCAUGCUGCAGUACCGGGAUGCUGAGGGCCAGCCCCAGGCCCUGCCCAUCGCUGGCGGGUCUCGCUCGGUGACGGUGCCAGGCCUGUCCCCAUCCCGCCGGUACCGCUUCCACCUCUAUGGGCUGCGUGGAGGGAAAAGGAUUGAUCGUGUCUCCACUGACACUGUCACAGCCGCAGAGAAGCCAGAAGAACUACCCCUGCCUACAGAGGAACCACAGCAGCAUGAGAAACCCCAAACUGAGGCCCCCUCUGCUGAGGCACUCCCAGAACGUUCAGUGCUGGGGGACCUGAAGGUCUCGAGUGUCACCCCCAGCUCUGUGCAGCUGCAGUGGAGUGUCCCCGAGGGCCCCUUUGACUCCUUCAUGCUGCAGUACCGGGAUGCUGAGGGCCAGCCCCAGGCCCUGCCCAUUGAUGGCGGGUCUCGCUCAGUGACUGUGCCGGGGCUGUCCCCAUCCCACCGGUACCGCUUCCACCUCUAUGGGCUGAGGGGAAAGAAAAAGAUUGACCACGUCUCCACCGAGGCCAUGACGGCCGCAGAAGAGCCAGAGGAACUGCCCCAGCCCACAGAGGAACCACAGGAUGAGAAUCCCCAAACUGAAGCCCCACCAUCUGAGGCCACUCCAGCACAGGCAGUACUGGAUGAGCUGAGGGUCUCCAGCGUCAGCCCCAGCUCUGUGCAGCUGCAGUGGAGCGUCCCCAAGGGCUCCUUUGACUCCUUCAUGCUGCAGUACCGGGAUGCUGAGGGCCAGCCCCAGGCCCUGCCCAUCGCUGGCGGGUCUCGCUCGGUGACGGUGCCAGGCCUGUCCCCAUCCCGCCGGUACCGCUUCCACCUCUAUGGGCUGCGUGGAGGCAAAAGGAUUGAUCGUGUCUCCACUGACACUGUCACAGCCUCAGAGAAGCCGGAGAAACUACCCCUGCCUACAGAGGAACCACAGCAUGAGAAACCCAAAACUGAGGCACCCGCAACUGAGGCACUCCCAGCACGAGCAGUUCUCAGUGAGCUGACAGUCUCCAGUGUCACCCCCAGCUCUGUGCAGCUGCAGUGGAGCGUCCCCGAGGGUCCCUUUGACUCCUUCGUGCUGCAGUACCGGGAUGCCCAAGGCCAGCCCCAGGCCCUGCCCAUUCAUGGGGAAUCUCGCUCAGUGACGGUGCCGGGGCUGUCCCCAUCCCACCGGUACCGCUUCCACCUCUAUGGGCUGAGGGGAAGGAAAAAGAUUGACCACGUCUCCACGGAGGCCAUGACGGCAGCAGAAGAGCCAGAGGAACUGCCCCUGCCCACAGAGGAACCGCAGGAUGAGAAUCCCCAAACUGAGGCCCCACCAUCUGAGGCCACUCCAGCACAGGCAGUACUGGAUGAGCUGAGGGUCUCCAGCGUCAGCCCCAGCUCUGUGCAGCUGCAGUGGAGCGUCCCCAAGGGCUCCUUUGACUCCUUCAUGCUGCAGUACCGGGAUGCUGAGGGCCAGCCCCAGGCCCUGCCCAUCGCUGGCGGGUCUCGCUCGGUGACGGUGCCAGGCCUGUCCCCAUCCCGCCGGUACCGCUUCCACCUCUAUGGGCUGCGUGGAGGGAAAAGGAUUGAUCGUGUCUCCACUGACACUGUCACAGCAGCCACAGACAAGACAGAGGAGCCACCCUCACCCUCCGAGGAGCCCCAAACUGAAGUCCUGCCAACUGACGACAACCAGCCUGAGCAUACCCAAAAUGAGGUCCCCCUGGUGCGGGCAGUGCUGGGAGAGCUGAGAGUCGCCAGUGUCACCCCUGACUCUGUGCAGCUGCAGUGGAGCGUCCCCGAGGGCCCCUUUGACUCCUUCAUGCUGCAGUACCGGGAUGCUGAGGGCCAGCCCCAGGCCCUGCCCAUUGAUGGGGAAUCUCGCUCCGUGACUGUGCCGGGGCUGUCCCCAUCCCACCGGUACCGCUUCCACCUCUAUGGGCUGCGGGAUGGGAAGAGGACCGACCGUGUCUCCACUGACAUUAUCACAGCUGCAGCCAAGCCAGAGGAGCUGGCCCUGCCCUCAGAGGAGCCCAAGCCUGAGGUCAUCUCAUCUGAUGCCCCACCAGCUUGGGCAGAGCUGGGGGAGCUGAAGGUCUCCAGUGUCACACCCAACUCUGUGCAGCUGCAGUGGGCUGUCCCCAAGGGCCCCUUUGACUCCUUCAUGCUGCAGUAUCAGGAUGUCCAUGGCAAGCCUCAGGCCCUGCCCAUUGAUGGCAGGUCCCGUUCAGUGACAGUGCCAGGGCUGUCCCCAUCCCAUCAGUACCGCUUCCACCUCUACGGGUUGCAAGGUGGGAAAAGAGUUGACCAUGUGUCCACCGAUGUCGUCACAGAUGCAGCAGUGCCAGAGCAGAUGCCCAUACCCUCAGUGGAGCCCCAACUGGAAGAUCACAAACCUGAGCAGCCCCAAACCGAGGUCGACCAGGGACAGGAUGCCCUGGGGAAGUUGAGGGUCUCCAACGUCACACCCAACUCCGUACAGCUGCAGUGGAGCAUCUCUGAGGGCUCCUUUGACUCCUUUACACUGCAGUACAGGGAUGCCCUGGGCCAGCCCCAAGCCCUGGCUGUUGAUGGGGGGUCCCGCUCCGUGACAGUGCCUGGGCUGUCCCCAUCCCACUGGUAUCGCUUCCACCUCUAUGGAGUGCGGGGCAGGAAGAGGAUUGACCGCGUCUCCACCGAUGUUGUCACAGCUGACCCAGAGGAUCUGCCCCCACCCUCAAUGGACACCCCAACUGAGGCCGCUCCAUCUGAGGCCCCCUCGGCACGGGCAGUGCUGGGCGAGCUGAGGGUCUCCAGUGUCACCCCCAACUCUGUGCAGCUGCACUGGACUGUCCCAGAGGGCCACUUUGACUCCUUCAUGCUGCAGUACCGGGAUGCUGAGGGCCAGCCCCAGGCCCUGCCCAUCAAUGGCAGGUUGCGCUCGGUGACGGUGCCAGGGCUGUCCCCAUCCCACCGGUACCGCUUCCACCUCUACGGGCUGCGGGCCAGGAAGAAGAUUGACCACGUCUCCACUGAGAUUGUCAUAGCUGACAGGGAAGCUGCAACUGUGCUAGAGGAGCUUCCCCUGCCCUCAGAGGAACCCCAAGAUGAGAAACACCAAACUGAGGUCCCCACAUCUGCACCCACCCUGGCGCAGGCAGUGCUGAAGGAGCUGACAGUCUCCAGUGUCACCCCCAGCUCUGUGCAGCUGCAGUGGAGCGUCCCCAAGGGUCCCUUUGACUCCUUCAUGCUGCAGUACCGGGAUGCCCAAGGCCAGCCCCAGGCCCUGCCCAUCGCUGGUGGGUCCCGCUCGGUGACGGUGCCGGGGCUGUCCCCAUCCCACCGGUACCGCUUCCACCUCUAUGGGCUGAGGGGAAGGAAAAAGAUUGCCCAUGUUUCGACCGACAUUGUCACAGCCACAGCCAAGACAGAGGAGCUGCCCCUGCCCUCAGAGGAGCCCCAACCUGAGGACCCCAAAGGAAAAGACCCUCCAGCUGAGGCCACCCCAUCUGAGGUCCCCCUGGAACGGGCAGUGCUGAGUGAUCUGAGGGUUUCCAAUAUCACCCCUGACUCUGUGCAGCUGCAGUGGAGCGUCCCCAAGGGCUCCUUUGACUCCUUCAUGCUGCAGUAUCAGGAUGCUGAGGGCCAGCCCCAGGCCCUGCCCAUCGCUGGCGGGUCUCGCUCGGUGACGGUGCCAGGCCUGUCCCCAUCCCGCCGGUACCGCUUCCACCUCUAUGGGCUGCGUGGAGGGAAAAGGAUUGACCACGUCUCCACUGAGACCACCACUGGUGCCCCAGGGACCCUCUGGGUGGGCUCUGUGUGGCCCCGCAGUGCCUGGCUGCACUGGGACGCCCCGCACACCCCCCCUGAUGGCUAUGAGCUGAUGUAUGGCUCCCCCGGGGGACCCCAGCAGACCCUGUGGCUGCCUCCCGAGGCGACGUCGCGGCAGCUGUGGGGGCUGGAGCCGGCGAGACGCUAUGGGGUGCGGUUGUGGGGCCGAGGGGGAGACCCCCAAACAGCCCCCCUGGAGGCCACCUUUGACACUCCCCCCCUCCCGCACCCGCACCCCCGGGACUGCGCCGAGGAGCAGCUGAACGGGCCGGGACCCUCGCGGGAGACCCUCAUCUUCCUCCGGGGGGACCCGGCCCGGCCCCUCAGAGUCUUCUGUGACAUGGAGACGGACGGCGGCGGCUGGCUGGUGUUCCAGCGCCGCCAGGACGGGGGCACCGAUUUUUGGCGGGGGUGGGACUCGUACGCCCGCGGCUUCGGCAACGUCAGCGGCGAAUUCUGGCUCGGCAACGAGGCUCUGCACGAGCUGACGACCGCGACCCCGACGGAGCUGCGCGUUGACCUGCGGACUGCCCGCGACUCCGCCUUCGCUCUCUAUCGCGACUUCGCUGUCGGCAGCGCCCAGGAGCGAUAUCGGCUCCGAGUGGGAGCGUUCAGCGGCACCGCCGGGGACGCCCUCUCCUACCACUCGGGCAGCCCCUUCUCGACAAAGGACCGGGACUCCCGGGACCCCCGGGACCGCCGGGACCCCUCGGGGCGCCCCCGCCCCCCGCCCUGCGCCGUGGCCUACGGGGGAGCCUGGUGGUACCGAAACUGCCACUACGCCAACCUGAACGGGCGCUACGGGACCCCCCGAGACCACCAGGGCAUCCACUGGUUCCCCUGGAAAGGCUUCAACGUCUCCAUCCCCUUCACCGAGAUGAAGCUGCGGCCGCAGCGGGGCUGAGGGGGCUGGGUCCCCUGAGUGCUGGACCUAGGGGAUCCCAGAGUCUGAGGGGCCCCCUGGGUGCUGGGGGUCCCAGAUGGGACUUGGGAUAGCUCAAAGAUAAAACUUUUAUUGAGGGGUACUAAAAGCUGACGGUGAUUCCCCUGUCCUGUGGUGAACUGGGAACUGGGAAGGGAGAGAGCACAAAAUCAGGAUGAGGUCAUGGUCAUCCCCGGGGUGAGAAGGGGCAUGGCAGCUCCAAAUGGUCCUUGUGGUUCUGGUCCCAGUGUUGCUUGAAGUGCUGGACCCGAUCUCC